AUGCUAAAAAUUAUAAAAGAAAAAAUAAAUAGCAUAAAUAGACUUAUGGAACAAGUAGAAUCUACUAAAAAACCGUCAAUUAUAGAAUUACUAAAAAAAGAGAUCGAAAAACUUAGAGAAUUAAAUAAUGAAUAUAAAAAUAUAUUAGAUUCUAAAAAAGUUGUACAUAAAGAAAUUGAAAAAAAGAAAAUAAGGUAUUAUCUUCAAGAUGGAUCUACAUAUGUAAUACGAGACAAAUAUAGAUAUCUUUAUGAUGCAAAAUCAAAAGUCAUUACUUAUGAAUUUGAUAAUGGGCAAAUAGAAAGAUCUUAUCCUAGUGGCAUAAAAGAAAUUAGGUACGGUGAUGGAUCGAUUAUAAUUAAAAAUGAUAAUAAAGAUUAUGAUAAACUUGAUGAUACAAAAUCUAAAUUUAUCAGCUUGUAA